UGGCUGGGCUUUGAGGUCCUAUGCAGGUACCAACACCUCUGGAACAUCAAGCUGCAGCUGCAUCCUGCUUUCCUCGGUGGGAUCAUGAAAGACAGCGGAAAUAAACCGCUAGCUACGGUUCCCCGAAAAGGCCAAUACAUGAACAAUGAGAUGCCUCUCCUGGGGCAACACUUCCAGGUUCCCAUCAACUUACCCAAGGACUUCUUCGGUGUGAUUGUUAAGAAAGGAAGUCUAAAUGCCAUGCGCUUCCUCACUGCUGUGAGCAUGGAGCAACCAGAGGUGCUGGAGAAGGUGUCCAGAGAGCUGUGGAUGCGUAUUUGGUCGCGAGAUGAAGACAUCACAGAGGCCCAGAGCAUCCUGGCUGCUGCAGAGAAGGCAGGAAUGUCCACAGAGCAAGCCCAACGCUUUCUGGAGAAAAUCUCCACAGCACAGGUGAAGAACAAGCUCAAGGAGACCACUGAUGCGGCCUGCAGUUAUGGGGCCUUUGGUCUGCCCACCACUGUUGCCCACAUAGAUGGUAAAACCUACAUGUUAUUUGGUUCUGACCGCAUGGAGUUGCUAGCUUACCUGCUGGGAGAGAAGUGGAUGGGCCCUGUGCCUACAACCCAAUAUGCCAGACUUUAAGAUUGCCUUAAGAAGUGAACUUCAAGUUCUCCAUUUGACAAAGUUGAAUUCCGUGACCCUGUGGUCUGAGGCAGGAGUCUGCCUUGGCUAUGGCUGCCUUUACCUCUGUGCCUCACAAGUGCCUUUUGGAAAGCCUUACA